AGGAAAGCUGGGCUGGGGUGGGCACGCUGCGUCAGCCCUCGUCCAGGCUGGCGAUGAGACAAAGGGAGUUUUCUUCACAACAGCCACACCAGCCAUAUGCUUCAAGGUGCAUAACUAUUGAGAAGAUGGAGAAGAAUGCUUGUUGUCAGAAAUCAUGGCAAGUUAGUACAGAAGCUGGGUUUAUUUUGGGAACAGUUCUUAUAACUAAUUGGUUUUGAGUAUUGCCCUGCCCAAGAGUCUAAACUGCAUAGCAGAAGAAAGCUGGGAAAAUGCUUCUUCCUCACUAUUUUUUCACUGGCAGGUUCUCUCCUUAGUUUUCCUUUCCAAAAGGAGAUUUGGGGGAUCGAGGCAGUUGAAGAAAGAGUGAAGUCAGCUCUUUCCAACAGUGGGGGCAGUCCCUGUGGAGAGGACGCCAGGAAUUUGAGCUUCCUCUGAGGUGUUCCACAGCAUGUCUCAGCAGGAAGACAGAUGCAGUUCCCAUUCCUCCUUUGUGCGUGGAAAGAAGCAGCGCAGUGCAGUUCCCUGCGCUAGGGAGCAGCAGCCAGCGGGCUGCCAGAAGGCCAGCUGGGCCUUGCAGCGCACAAAGGGACGCAAUGGGGAUGGACCAUCCUUAGCACCACGCAAAAGGACGGAGUCUGCGCGUCCAUGGAAUGGUGCUGGACAUUGGGGGAAACGGAAAGCCUCCCCAGCUGGUGCAGGCAGGCUUGCAGCGAAGCGCAGCCUUGCAGGAAGCCAGAAGAGGAGCAUGGAGUAUGGCACAGCACCCAAGAGAGGGAGAGGUGCUGAGCGAAAUGGCAAAAUCUACGUGAAAGCUCCUCUCCAGGCUGGAGGGCUUCCUGGAACAACAGGUCCCAGCACAGGGGAAAGAGCUUCCCCUGCAGUUGACAACCGCCCUCUCUACAAGACUACGGAAGCAAGAAAGCGCAAGGGAGUGGAAGAAGAGGAGCAAAAAGCAGAGCUGUGGCCUGCUAAGAAACAAGUGAAGAUGGAGUGCAAUGGGCAGAAAGCUCAGAGCCCACAUCAGAGCAGAGGCGAUGUGCCAGCUCCAGCAGCACACCCUGGGCCUGCCCCAGCGCUGACUGAGCGGUUCCGGACCUCAAAACAAAGAGAGAGGGGAAAAGAGAAGAAGGCUACCAAGUCCAAAGCAAGACGACGACGACAGAAACAGAGGAAAGUGGAAAUGAAGAAGGCUGCUCUGAGAGCUGCCACUGCAUGUGCAGAGUCCUCCGCAAUGAACAGCCUUGUGGAGAUGAUGGAGAAGCUGCAGCUGAAGGACUGAGUGGAGGAGCAUCAGAAGGCAGUGGAUUCAUGGCAGCAGCCCAGCUUGGCACUCUGAUUGCAGUCCAUCAAUAAACAAUUGGAGUUUUGUAUUCACAAAGAGCGCACGGCCCAAUUUGUCCAGCGGCACUCAGUGAUCUGCUACACCACCUCCUCAUAAUUCCUCUCGUGGCACUGGGUCAGAACUCCCACAGCUCCAUCAGGGAAUGCUGCAGGUUAUCGAAGCAGUGGAUGCACCAGUCCUUGGCCCUGCUCAUAAAUGUACUGUUUGCAAAGCACGUGCAAAGAACUGCGAGUAGCACGGCCUGAGCACUGGCGCGCUGAGUUAGAGAACGGCUCUAUAGAGCUGUCUGAGCUUCUCAGGGCAGCACUGAGCAUAAGUGAGCGUGUGCCCCUCACCCUGCAGGCAUCUCUGUUGAGGGAAGAGAGGCUCCGCCAGCUGCCUGAUCCCAGAAGGCAGAGGUGUUCUCCUGACUUCUCUGCAGUCCUACCUUCCUUCAUCAUCCCCUCUCUCUUCAGCUGUUUUUCACCCUUGGGGUGGAGCUUGAGUACCUCUCAUCACUGCAUGGCUUCGUACUGAGUGGUGUGGAAUUUUCUGGCUUUGCUUUUAAAAGCCUAGGUUGAAAAUUGCAGCGUGCAUGUUAAAUGUGGGGUUGUAGCACUAUGGCAGCAGAUCACUUUUGGGAUGGAGCAGCUUUUGGUUUUCUAACAAGUGUGUAAUGAGCAAAGUUUGCCAACAGAGCCUGAAUUUGCUCUCACCUUCUCUCUCUCUCUGCUCUCCUGCU